AUGGGGUCCACAACAAAGACUGUUCUCCUGGUGGGAGAUCAGAAUGACCCAUUUGUGCAGGGGAUCGACUACCUGUACAAGCAGGCCGAGACACAGCCAUGGCUGGCGUCUUUUCUUGCCGACAAUGUGGCCAUCCUCAAGGAGCAGAUGACGCACUGGGAGUCGACGCUCCGGGAGACCAUGGGCGUCUUUCACACCUUCCAGGAGCUUGCAGACAAGUACCGGACCAAGCCUGACCCAGUGGGCAUGUCGCACGGCAUGUUGGUAUUUAUCAUGCGACAGGCCCUCCUUUUGCAAUGCGUAAAGAGAGAACCAAAUCUGAUCCACGAUGCCGAGACGAUACCAAUUUGUGGUGGUCUUCUCAACACGGCAGCCCUGGAGGUGGCGCAGGACUUUGAUUCAUUUUAUGAGGCCAGUCUGGAGAUGACGAGGGUGCUCUGCCGGAUGGAGGUGUUUUCUUACUACCGGUCGAGGGCCACCGAAAUCUCGACGGCCAACUGGGGGUGGACUCUGGUUGGUAUCACGGCCGACAAGCUCAAGACGGCCCUUGACAACUUUCAGCGCAGCAUGGGCAUACCAGAGGUCAAGAAGGUUCGCGUAGCCGUCAUCGGACAGGGCUGGAGCACCAUCAUCGGACCGCCCUCUGUCCUGGAAAAGGUCCUCAAGCAGUGCCCUGCCGUCAAGAACCUCACCAAGCAGGAGAUGGCCGUGCAUGCCCUGCACCACUCCCUCAACCUGACGGAUGCAGAACUCGAUGGCGUCGUCGGUGACUCCCCUCUUCUGGAUCUUCCCGUGGGCAACGGCACAUGGCGGUCCGUGGUGCGCGCGGCCUGCGACUCCAUCCUCUGCAAGCCCUUCAACAUUGUGGACGAGGUCAAGAACCGUGCCGCCCUGAUCAAGUCUUCCUCCAUCGACCUGAACGUGAUUGGUGUGAGCCCUCACGACAAGUUCGUCGCCGACCAGCUCAAGGCCGCCGGAAAGGACGUCACCACCCGGUACGAGCACAGCGUUCCCAUGUCGAUUCCCAUCUCCCCAUCGGUUGAGUCGGGCAAGGUGGCCAUCGUCGGCCUCGCAGGCCGGGCCCCCAGCUCAGAGGACCUCUCUGAUUUCUGGCGCAUCAUCAUCACGGGCCAGGAUGUGCACAAGGAGAUCCCCUCGGACCGGUGGGACAUCAACGAGUUCUUCAGCCCGACGCACAAGGGCAAGUGCACCACCAAUGCGCGCCACGGCUGCUUCAUUGACCGCCCGGGCGCCUUUGACGCUCGUUUCUUCAACAUCUCGCAGCGCGAGGCCCUCCUCAUGGAGCCCUGCCACCGUCUGUGGCUGAUGUGCGUCUACGAGGCCCUCGAGAUGUCGGGCUACAGCGCAGGGCGCACCAGGGUGACCGACCCCAACCGCAUCGGCGCCUUCUUUGGCCAGAGCGUCGACGACUGGCGCGCCAACAGCCACCAGCUGGGCUGUGAUGCCUACAACAUGCAGGGGAUGCAAAAGGCCUUUGGUCCGGGCCGCGUCAACUUCCACUUCAAGUGGGAAGGCCCGACGUAUCAGGUGGACAGCGCCUGUGCCUCGUCCGCUUCUGCCAUCACCAUGGCCUGCCACCAGCUGCUGGCUCGUGAGUGCGACAUGGCCGUCGCCGGUGGCAGCACCGUCAUGAGUUCUCCCCACACCUUCUCUGCCCUGUCGAGGGCUGGUGUCCUCAGCACCACUGGCAACUGCAAGACGUACCGUGACGACGCGGACGGCUACUGCCGUGGUGAUUUCUCUGGCUGUGUGGUCCUCAAACGUCUCGAGGAUGCCGUGGCCGCCAACGACAACGUCCUGGCCGUCAUUGCUGCCUCUGGACGCAACCACGCAGGCAAUGCCCCCUCCAUCACGACCUCAGACGCGGGCGCGCAGGAGAGGCUGUUCCGACAGGUCCUCCGCAAGGCCCAGGUGACGCCUGAGGAGGUCAACUAUGUCGAGAUGCACGGCACGGGCACGCAGGUCGGUGAUCUGGCCGAGAUGACCGCCGUGGCCAACACCUUCAAGCGGGCCAAGAACGACAAGGAGCCCCUCCGUGUGGGCGCCGUCAAGGCCAACGUGGGCCACACCGAGGCCGCAGCAGGCAUCGCCUCGCUGCUCAAGUGUGUGCUGUCCCUCCAGGAGGAGUUUCUCCCUCCUGUGGCCAACAUGCCGCACAAGCUCAACCCCAAGUUCCCAGACCUCAAGGCCCUCAAGAUCGACAUCCCCAGCCAGCGGGCCGAGUUCAAGUAUGCGUCCGACAAGAGACGUCGGAUCAUCCUCAACAACUUUGACGCUUCUGGUGGAAACUCCUGCCUGCUCAUCGAGGACUACCCCAAGCCCCUCGACAAGGACGCCGACCCUCGAAGCUGCCACACCAUCACGCUGUCUGCCAAGAGCGCCCUCUCGCACACCGAGAACAAGAAGCGUCUUCUGAACUUCCUUCGUGCCAGCAUGGACGACUACCGCAUUGAGGAUCUCGCCUAUGCCCUCACGGCCCGCAGGCUUCACUACCCCAUCCGCACUGCCUUCACUGCCACCUCUAUCAAGGAGGCUGUCAGCAAGCUGGACGCCGACAUCAAGGCCGACGCAAAGGUCGAGAAGACAACACCUCCUCCUGUCGUCUUCAUGUUCACCGGCCAGGGCUCUCACUAUGCUGGCAUGGGUGCUGAACUGUACCAGACCUCGCCUGCCUUCCGCAACAUUGUGGAUCUCUCCGUGUCCAUCUGCCGACAGAACAACUUCCCAGAGUUCCUGGACAUCAUCACCGACCCAGAGGUCGACAUGACCACCAAGGACACUGCCCAGACCCAGCUGGCCGUCGUGGCCCUCGAGAUUGCCCUGGCUGCCUUCUGGCGUGCUGCUGGUGUCGAGCCAGCUGCCGUCAUGGGCCACUCCCUGGGCGAGUACGCGGCCCUGCACGUCUCUGGUGUGCUGUCCCUGACGGACGUGCUCUUCCUGGUCGGCAAGAGGGCGCAGCUGGUCCUGGAGCGAUGCGUGCCAGGAGCCUGCUCCAUGCUCAGCGUGUUUGCCCCUCUGGAGAAGGUCGACGAGUAUGUCAAGAAGCUGUCGAGCUGCGAGGUGGCUUGUCUCAACAGCCCCAAGGCCACUGUGGUCUCUGGCACGGCCGACGAGAUCGCCAUGCUCAAAGCCGGUCUGGAGAAGGCCGAGGGCGGUCCCAUCCGGUCCAAGGAGUUGUCUGUCCCUUAUGGCUUCCACUCGGUCCAGGUCGACCCUGUCCUCGACGACUUUGCCGCCCUGGCUCGUGGUGUCGUCUAUUCCAAGCCCAAAAUUCCUCUGGUCUCGACCCUGGCUGCUGAGAUUGUCGACAAGCCUGGCAUGAUUGCCGAGAUGUACCUGAUGCGCCAGACCCGCGAGAAGGUCAACUAUGCCGGCGCUCUGGCUGCUGUGGCCGAGAAAUUCAAGAACCCCGUUUACCUCGAGGUUGGUCCCAGCCGUGUCCUGGGCUCCUUCACCCAUGCCACUCUCAAUGUGCCCCUCGAGCGCAUCGCAUCGACCCUCGAGAGCGCCAAGGAGCAGUCGUGGACGGGUGUUUCCAAGUCCCUGGCCACUCUGUACAAGGCAGGUGUCGAGAUUGACUGGGUGGCCGUGCAUGAGCCUUUUGUUACCAGGAACCAGGUCAAGCACAUCUCGACUCUUCCUUCCUACAACUGGGAUCUCAAGGAAUACUGGAUCAAGUGGACAGAGCCCAGAGAGGCCCCCCAGCCAGUUGCUGCUCCUGCUGCUGCUGCUUCUGCUGCUGCUGCUCCUUCUGCCCCUGCAGUUGUCGAGCGGCCCAUGUCUGCAGUCUUGCACUAUGUUGUCAAGAAGACGCUGUCUCCCAAGGUGGAGGUGACCUUCAGGAGCAGCGCUGCGGAUCCUGCGCUCAAGGCUGCUAUCCUGGGCCACAGGCUGCGCGAGGUUCCUGUCUGCCCCGGCGGCGUCUUUUGCGAGAUGGGCAUGGAGGGCGCCCAAUAUACGCUCGAGGCCCUCGGAAAGAAGAACGUCGACCUGGCCCUUCUCACACCCUCGUUCAACCGUCCCUUCAGCAUGCCCACGGGCGAGUCUACGGCCGAGAUCCUCACCACCAUCACCAUGCCGACAGAAAAGACCCUCACGGCCACCUUCAAGGUGUCCAACGGCCCCAUGUCCUUCGACCUGGGCAGCUGCAAGUUCCAAGUGGUGGACAACAAGAAGCUGCAGGGCGACUGGGACAAGACGUCGUACUUUGUCCAGGCCCGCAUGAACGAUAUUGUCCGUGCCGCCAAGGAGGGAGAUGGGCACCGUUUCAAGCCUUCCAUCUUCUACAGCCUCUUCAGCAACACCGUCAAGUAUGCCGGUCCUUAUAUGGGCCUGCAGGAAGCCUACAUCUCGCCUGACUUCAAGGAGGCCGCUGCCGAGGUUGUCCUCCAGCAGGAUCCCACCGAUCCCAACACCAAGUCCAGCCCGUACUGGUCAGACAGUCUGGUGCACCUGGCUGGGUUUGUGGCCAAUGUCAACCCGGAGCGCCCCGAGGGCAAGAUGUUCAUGAUGGGUGGCUUCGACAAGAGCGAGCAGACGGCGCCCUUGGCAGCAGGCCACAAGUAUUUCUCUUAUGUGCGCGUGACCAAGAACGAGGGCGAGAGCUUCAUCUGCGACGUCUUUGUGUUUGACGUCAAGGCUGGGAACAGGCUCAUCAUGCAGUGCUCCAACCUGCACUUCCACCAGGUCGAGUACACUACCUUGGAGAGGGCCCUGGGCAAGAAGCCCGCUGCUGGUGCUUCCGCUGCAGGACCUGCGUCUGCCCCAAAGAAGGCUGUCGCGGCUGCUCCCAAGGCCAAGGCGGCUGCUCCUGCUCCUGCGCCCGUCAAGAAGGCUGCUGCGGAAAAGAAGCCCAAGAAGGUGGUCAAGAAGAAGGCAGCCACCACAUCUAGUGGACAGGUCAGUGUCCUCGAGACACUUCUGGAUGCCAUCUCGUCCGAGACGGGCACAGACAAGGCCGAGCUGACGGACGAUGCGGUGCUGGGCGAGAUUGGUAUCGAUUCCAUCAUGGCGAUCCAGAUCUCGGCUGCCGUCAAGGGCGCCACAGGCUACGACAUCUCUGCCACUUGGGGUCUCGAGUACCCAACCAUUGGCGCCCUCCGUGAGGAGUUCAAGGAUGUCUAUGGCGAGCCUGGUGCAGAGGAUGGUGACGAGGAGGCAGAGAACGAUGAAGAAGAAGAAGAAGACUAUGAGAUGGUGCCAGCAUCCGCAGAAGAGGAAUUUGACGAUCCUGUCGAGCAGGACAUUGAGUCCCUCGACGAGGAUGGUGUUGUGGCUGCUCCCAAGGCGUCCUCUGGAUCCCACAAUGUGCUCGAGAGCUUCCUGCAGGCCAUCGCCAACGAGACUGGCACUUCCUUGGACGAACUGGCCGAUGAUGCAGUGUUGACCGAGUUGGGUGUCGACUCCAUCAUGGCUAUUCAGAUCUGUGCCACCCUCAAGAACGAGACGGGUGUGGAGAUCCCUCCCACUUUUGUCUUCGAGUACCCAACUAUUGGAGAUCUUCGUCAGGAGUUUGCCAAUAUGGAGGGUGCAGGACCGUCUUCCUCUUCUGUUGGGUCUUCUUCUGGUCGUUCGUCUCCUGUGCAGGACGAUACCGAUGUCACGGAUGAGGAAGAGCCUCCUGUUGUUGCUGCUGCUCCUACUCCUGCUCCUGCCCCUGUGGUCGAGAAGAAGAAGGUUGUCGUCGCCCCGAAGCCUGCUCUUCCUCCUACGCCAGCCCCAGCGCCGGCUCCGGCUCCAGCUCCAGUUGUUGCCAAGAAGACACCAAAGCCAGUAGCCAAGAAGGCUCCUGUCUCUGUGGCGGCCAAGCUGCCUAUGGACCCAGCAUCCCUGGUCAAGGACAUGUCUGUGUUCAAGUUUGAGGAAGAAGACCCCGAGACCAUCGACUAUGCGACAAUUCCCAAGGCCAAGAUCGUUCUGAUGCAGGGCAAGCCCACGUCCAAGGAGACGCCCCUGUUCCUGAUCCCUGAUGGCUCCGGAACAGCUGCGACGUACAUCCAUCUGCCCCAGUUCAGCUCUGGCCUGCCCGUGUACGCCAUCGAGUCCCCCUUCCUGCGCUGCCCUGGCAAGCUGUCGCGCAAGACGGGUAUCCCCGGCCUGGCAAGUCUUGUGGUCGAGGCCAUCAUCAAGAUGAGGCCCCAGGGCCCGUACCUGAUCGGUGGCUACAGUGGAGGUGCCACCAUCAGCUACGAGGUCGCCCGCCAGCUGGCCAAGACGGGGAGGAAACUCCAGGGUCUGCUGCUGAUCGACAUGUGCUGCCCUCGCUCCAUGGUCGACACCAUCGACAGCGUGCCCGAGCAGGGCCUGGCCGUGCUGAUGAGGCUGUCUCCUCCCGACAAGCGGUCCUUCUGGACCAGCAGCAUGGCCUCGCAGUUUGCCCAGCAGCACCAGCGCCAGAUCGUGCGUGCCGUGUGCCACUACGACCCCGAGCCCAUGGCGGAGGAGGACAGGCCCGAGAAGGUGUGCAUCAUCUGGGGCCGACGUGGUCUUGUCGAGCGGGCCAAGUCGGACCAAAAGGUUCUGGGCAUGAUGGCCAUGCUCAACGUCCGCACCGAGUCGGGCGAGAACUUCAUGAUGGACCCCAGCCUGGGCCCUGUCGCCUGGGCCGUCCCCAGCAAGAAGGAGGGCGACCUGGGUCCCAACGGUUGGGACAAGUUUGUUGGUGACAAGAUCAAGAUUCUUGUUGCAGAGGCAGACCAUCUGUCCAUGCCAGUGCCCCCAGAUGUUACGGAGCUGCACCGUUGCAUUGGAGAGGCUCUGCCAUAUCUGAACGGAGGAGAGUAGGUUGAAAUAUGUCGAUUGAGAGAGAGAGAGAUUGCUUGUAUAGGAAUUGAUACUCGACGCUCCAUAUAAGAUUGGCAAAUGACAAUGGAUAGCAGCGAGGAUGAUGGUAUGUGGAGGUGUGUGUGUGUGAGAGAGAGGCUUUUUCCUGUUCUUGUGUGUCUUUUUGGAUCUGUCUUCAGAACCGUCUUCAUCAAGCCUUGUUUGCUGUAUUCCAAGGCUUCUUCAGAAUGUUCUCUUCUACUUCUCUUAUUAUUCUUUCCUUUCUUUCCUUUCCUUUCUUAUCAUGUUUGUAUAGUGGUUUGGCGAAAAAGGGUCAUGGGAUAUGCAAUAGAUCUUCCUGAAUUUCAAUGUAGACAAUAAUUCCUUCGUUCUUCUGGUG